CCGGGCCCUUAGUGGGACCGGCAACCGGCAGGAAAGGGCGGCUGGGGCCAUGCUCCCGUUGCCCUUGAGGCCCGGGAAGGCUGUUUCGUAAACAAUGGAGUCAGACAUAAAAGUGAAUGAAUAUUUUAAAAGCCAAUUUAAGGCUUAUCAAGAGCAACAGCAAAAGCGUCUGCAAAGCCUAAUGGAGAGGAAGAAAGAAAAGCAAAACAGUGAUAAUGGCAAUGCAAAGGAAGCUUUCAGAAUCCCAAAUGAUCUAAACCUGUUUGAAACAGAACAACCUGUAAGUGAAGAUGACAGCAAAAGAUUGCUUGAGGCUGAGAACGAGCAGCUCCAGGAUCAGCUCCAAGUGGCCCAAGAUGAGAACUGCAGACUGAACAAACUGGUGACAGAGAAAGAAUUUGAAAUAAAGCAACUCCAGAAAAAACUACAGGAGGACAGAGUGGCUUUGUCAGGGACAUCUGGUUUAGCUGGAGAUGUUGCAGCUACUAAAAUAGUUGAAUUGGCCAAAAAGAAUCGUGAGCUGACUGCUGAGACUGAGAGUCAAAAAGCCAAAGUGAAGCAACUGAGUAACAGAGUCAAAGAGCUGGAGAGAGAACUACAGACAGCCAUGGAAAAAAUACAUUCUCUUGGUGGUGAUGGAGAAAUCAAGCAAUCAACUGUGAAGAUAAGAGAAGGAAACUUGGCUAAAAGUGCAGAGGUGAAAGCAUUGCAAGAAAAAGUAAUGGCAGCCAACUUUAAAGUGGCAGAGUAUCGUAACCAGCUCCAGUCUGCAAAGCAGGAACUGAAGGUGACUCAAAAGCUUUUAGCAAAUGAAGUUGGUGAAGAUGUGAAUAUUCAGAGUCUCUUGAGCAAUUCUGGCAGCUGGCGUGGACGAGCUCAGCAGAUUAUUGUUCUCCAAAGCAAGGUUCAAGAGCUGAAAAAUCAAUUGGCUCAAUAUAAGACCAGAACAUCACUGAGUGAGUUUGAUGAGGAAUUGCUGGCACUUACUGACCCAAGGAAGUUGUCAGCCCAAGAGAAGAACUUGUUGAAGAUUCGCAACUUGGAAAAAGGAAAUAAAGAAACUUUGGAGAGACUCACUGGGGAACGUGAUACACUCCAAAAGAGUUAUGAGGAAGUGAAAACUAAACUUGAGGCAUCAAAAGCCAGGAACAAAGUACUGUGCGGUGAGGUGAAAACCCUGAAGGGACAGAUCAUAACCCUGCUGGAGAAAGGAAAACACGACGACGAGCUCAUCGACACCUUACUGCAUUACCAACACAAGGAAAUGCAGGAGAUGUUAAAGCACCUGAGCCAGCAGCUUGAGAAGUAUGAGGAGUCCCAGCAGAUGCUAUGGCCACACUGGAACAGUGAGGCUCAGAGAUCAGAGUGCCUUAUAGGGCAGCUGAGACAGAUGGUGGCUGAACGAGAAGCAAAGGUUAAAGAGCUGGAAAAAGAAAUUGAGCAACUCACAUAUCAGAAGUCUGCUCAUCAGUGGAACAGUUCAGGAGCUGCUGAUCCACCACCUUCUGAGCGCUCAGAAGAUACAGGUUUUACUCUGCUUAAUCCUCUGCCAUCAGACAGCAGUCAAGGUGGACUGAUUGGAUCUGCUCGCGUAGUGUCCAAGAUGGGCCAUACACUUGUAGAAUCGGCAGCUACUCAGCCUUCUGUUCUUGAUAGUGACAUCACACCUGGAAGGUUCUCUGGCACUGACAGACAGGAAUUGAAAGUGCUGCAGACACAGAUCACGGAGCAGGAGGCUCUCUAUCAGGCUGCUGAAGUGGAAAGAGACAAGCUCCUGGACCUGUUUGCUGUGCUGCAGAAAAGGGUGGAGGAAGGCAGUGAUCAACUCUUGGAGGCUGAGAAGAGACUUCAGGAAGGGCGGCAGAGACGUGUCAUUUUGGAACAGCAGCUUGAAAACCUGCAGGUGGAUCCUGCUGCGGUUCUUAAUAAAUAAUGUGAGGCUUGUGACCCAGCUGGAGGAGAACAAAGCUCUGAAGGCUGCUUUGGAGACUACUGUGAGAAAGAAAGAAAAAAAGAGCAAGACUUUAAACUGUACCAACACACAAUGGACCGAGUGAAGGAUAUCUUUUUACAGGCCAUUUGGCAGCAAAAACAAGAGAAGGGUUAAGAUACUCAGAGUCCUUUGGUCUGCAA